UCUACAUUUAUAUUCCUUCUCUCAUGGAUCGUCGAUUCUCACUCCUCCUUGCUUUUUCUCUUUUGAUCGCCGGCGUCGCUGCCACCUCUUUCGCCGCCGAUGAAUCCGGAGGCGAUAUAUUCAUCCGUCAGGUGGUGGAGGAUGAAGAUCACCAGUUAAAUGCCGAGGAAGAGCACUUCGGUGCCUUCAAGCGCAAGUUUAUGAAAUCCUACGCAUCCCAGGAGGAACACAAUUACAGGUUAUCAGUUUUUAAGUCUAACCUGCGCCGUGCUGAGCGCCACCAGAAGCUUGAUCCCUCGGCUGUCCACGGAGUUACUCAGUUCUCUGACAUGACGCCUGAGGAGUUCAGUAAACACCUCGGAUUAAGGUCUCGUCUCAAGUUCCCCGCCGAUGCCAGCGAAGCUCCGAUCCUUCCGACCGAUAAUCUUCCAGACGAUUUCGAUUGGCGAGAUCAUGGCGCCGUUACUGGUGUGAAGAAUCAGGGUUCAUGUGGAUCAUGCUGGUCGUUUAGUACUACCGGAGCUUUAGAAGGAGCGAAUUUCCUUGCGACAGGGAAGCUAGAGAGCCUUAGCGAGCAGCAACUCGUUGAUUGUGAUCAUGAGUGUGAUCCAGAAGAAAAAGGAUCAUGCGACGCAGGCUGCAAUGGAGGUUUGAUGAACAGCGCAUUUGAGUACACUCUUAAAGCCGGUGGACUCAUGAGAGAAAAGGACUACCCUUACACAGCCAAGGACCAUGGAACCUGCAAAUUCGACAAAACCAAAGUCGUAGCAUCCGUGAGCAACUUCAGCGUGGUCUCACUUGACGAAAACCAGAUCGCUGCUAAUCUGGUCAAACAUGGUCCUCUUGCAGUUGCUAUCAAUGCGGUUUAUAUGCAAACGUAUAUUGGGGGAGUGUCAUGCCCGUUUGUAUGCUCAAAGAGAUUAGACCAUGGUGUGUUAUUAGUUGGUUAUGGUGCUUCUGGUUAUGCUCCCAUCAGAUUGAAGGAGAAGCCAUACUGGAUUAUCAAGAACUCAUGGGGAGAGAAUUGGGGUGAAAACGGGUAUUACAAGAUCUGCAAGGGUCACAAUGUUUGUGGUGUCGAUUCCAUGGUCUCCACUGUUGCUGCAAUCCAUCGUCACUAGUUUGAAUAUUCUGGUAUGAAUCAAAAUAUUAUUAUUUUUAAACAGUCAACAUGUAUAUACGAAUUAUUACAUUUCGAAAUUGAAAAGAGUG